AUGACCCCCCAAACAGAAGUAAUCCGGCCAUGCGGCAACAUGGAAACGUACUCAACAGCCCGCCACUCCCUUGGCCUCUACCGCUGCGUCGCCGUCACCGGCCGCUACGCGCUCCCACAGGGCAUCUCAACCCUCUCCCAAGCCAAGCAACUUCUCCAAGACGCCGUCGCACAGGUCAUUGCAGAGCAACCCUUCAUGCAGGUCGGCAUCGCCGACGAAGACAAACAGACGUCCUCGUUCGUGCGCGUGCCACAAAUCAAUUUGUCAAACCAUAUUCAGUGGUUCCCUCCGUCCCACCCCCGCUCCGGCCCCGAUUUCAACACCGGUGCCAGCGGCCCGGACGCGACCCUCUGCAAACACCUCUCCCACCAACACGACCAACUGUGGCCCGAGAUCUCCCAACGUCCACCAUGGAAGAUCUCCAUCAUCCCAACCCAGCCCUCACAAGGCUGUGAACCACCAACAGAGAUCGAAGUACUCUACUUCUUCCACCACGCAAUAAGCGACGGCACAAGCGGCUCAAUCUUCCACAAACGCCUCCUCCACGCCCUGAACAACCCCUCCCCCUCCACCACCCACCACCUCCAGUCCAACAACAUCCUCACCCUCCCAACCCCUCCAACGCUCCCCCUCCCCCAAGAAAACCUCGUCAACGGCCGCAUCUCCUGGCCCUACUUCCUCCGCGAACUAUGGUCCGCAUUCGGCCCCGCCUGGCUCAAACCGAAGCCAGCCGCGACGCCCUGGACGGGCGAAGCCAUACGCCUCGACACGCCCUUCCACACAAACGUCCGCAUCGUCACCGUCCCCGCCCUCACAGUCUCCAACCUCCUCGCAGCAUGCCGCGCGCAAGGCCUGACUCUGACGCCCCUCAUCCACGCCCUCGUCGCAGCCUCCCUCGCGCGACAUCUCCCCUCAAACACAGCACCGUCCUUUGAACCGUCAUCCGCCAUCAGCAUGCGCCGCUUCGUGCGAGACCCAACUCUCGACAUCGAUAACAAAAUGUGCGUCCUGGUAACCUCGACGAGUCAUCCCAUCUCAGAGUCUCUCACCGCCGCCCUCCGCAACUCUUCCCCCGCUUCCUCGGGUCCGACCCUCGAAACCGCAAUCUGGACCGUCGCAUCCUCCGUCAAAACCGACCUCCAAACUCGCCUAACGAGCCUGCCCAACGACGACAUCACAGCAAUGCUCCGCUACGUAAGCGACUUCCACGACUUCUUCCGGAAAAAAGACGGCAAGGCGAGGGGGAAUAGUUGGGAGGUGAGUAACCUGGGCGCCAUCGAGGGCAGCAGAAGCAGCGACAGCCAGGCCGAGGCUGAGGGCGAGAACGGGUGGAAAUUAACCCGCGCCGUCUUCUCCCAAUCAGCCGGCACCGUCGCCCAAGCCUUCUGCGUCAACGUAGCCGGCAUCGCUGGCGGCGAGACGACGAUUACCUUGACGUGGAACGAGGCCGUUACCAGCCCGGAGGUCGUUGAGGGGUUAGCUGGUGAUUUGGAGGUGUGGACGAGAAAGCUUGCCGAGGGCGAGCGCUUGUGA